AUGGCAACUACAGAUUCAGAAAGCGUAUUUCGACAGCUGUUUAGAAACUGGAAUGAAAGGUCUAGCAGAACAGGUACAACAUCAUCAACCACGCCUGGUCAACCAAUACUAUCAGAAUGGACCGAUUAUGUAAAAACAGGGGCAAAUAGUCUAUAUAGUAAACUACCCACAUCAGUCCAAGAACUUGGAUCAUCCAGUGCUGUUCAAGAAGAACCAUCUUGGUUUCAAUUAAGUCGAUUAGAAAAAAUGAUUGGAUUUGCCUGUUGUUUAGGUGCUUCGGUCUUAUGUUUUGUAUUAUGUUUUUUUAUGUUUCCGGUAUUAGCUUUACGACCUCGGAAAUUUGCAUUAUUAUGGACUGGGGGGUCAGUAUUGUUUGUAUUAUCAUUUGGGGUCUUACAAGGUCCAACUACAUAUAUUCGACAUUUAUUAUCUCGUGAUCGGAUAUUGUUUACGACUAUAUUCUUUUCAUCGAUAUUGUUGACUUUAUAUUCGGCUGUGGUUUUAAAGAGUGUGAUUGCUACUGUUAUUUCUAGUGUGAUUGAAAUAUUGGCGGUUUUAUAUUAUUCGGUUAGUUAUUUCCCAUUUGGGGCAACUACUUUAACAUUCUUUACUAGUUAUGUUGUGGGAUAUUUUGGUGGGUUAAUAGGUGGGAUUAUCUUAUAA